UACGUCAUCGCCUCCGUUAUCACUUCAUAAGCGGCGAGCUGGACAGUCUCAACUUGUUAGGCACUCUAACAACCUUCGGAUUUGGUUAUGCAUGUUAAGUCGAUUCGGGGCGACCAUGGAGACGUUGGGAAUAGAUGAAGAGCUCAUUUGCGCCGUGUGCCGUGAUGUAUUUGUUGAACCCGUGACUCUACCGUGCGGUCAUAAUUAUUGUGAAGAAUGCGUUUCACAGCUCAAGAAAUCAGCUACUGCUGGACUGGGGAACCGCAGCCGACAGGCUCACUACACGUGCCCACUCUGCCUCGCACCUUGUGCAGCAGGGCUCCGGCUCAACAGGAACGUGGCUCUACGCAACAUCAUAGAGAAAUACCGGCAUAAGACAGCAGAGGGGGUUUCGUGUAGCGUCUGUAAAGGCCAACAGAAAGCUGAAGCUGAGAAGAGCUGCGUCACUUGUGGAGAAUCGUACUGCACUUUACACAUUAUGCCCCAUUUGGAAAAUGACUUUUUUCGGCAACAUGUUCUAGUAAACCCAACAGAAAAUACGGAGCGACUGUGUAAAAAGCACGGCAAAGAACUGGAGUUGUACUGCAAGAGUGAUUCUACCGCCCUGUGUGUGUUCUGCAUGAUCCCGGCCGAGUCCGGGCAUCUCGAGGGGCACGAUGUGGUGAGAAUAACCGAGGUCCUGAACACGAUGAGAGAAGAAUGCCAAGUAAAUUUAAGAAAAAUAAGAGAAAAUCUUCUGCACAUUCAAACUAGUCACAUGAAAUUGGACCAGACUGCCUCAAAUUCAAAGAAUUCUAUUGAGCAGCAACGCCAAAGCUUUCUACAUUUCUUGCAAAAAGUAAAAUUAUUUAUUGAUAUUGAAGAAGCAGCCUGGGAAAAGAAAUUUUCUGUAGAUGUUCAACUGGAAAGUAGUUUGCACAGACAAAGUGAAGAGAAACUGCAACAGAUGCAAAAAAGCCUUGAGGAUGCCGAAUGUGCCUUCAAUAAUGCAGUGGCAAACCAGGACCCCUUAACUUUGGUUCAGGUUUUAAAAAAUACCUCCUGGGAUCACAUUCUAGACAGUGACUUUUGUUCCAGUAAAAUCCAUGAGGUCAUGCAAAGUAUGUCCGCUUUCCAGAAGGGAUUAAGAGGGAAAAUACCUGUACUUCGCCCUUUACAUAACGUGUUCCAAGUUGAAGAAAUAUUAUUGGAUCCAAAGACUGCCCAUGCACAGUUAAAGAUCAGUCGAAGUCAUUCUGCCGUCUGUGCCAUGAAAGAAAUUAUCAUUAAGGACCAGAAUUCAGAAAGGUUCAAACAGUCAUUCAAUGUGCUUGGAAUUGCUUCUUUCAGCAGUGGUCGACAUUACUGGGAGGUUACAGUGAGAGGACUCCCCACGUGGGCCUUGGGACUUGCCUUGAACAGUAUCUCCAGGGAACCACCAGGCUGUAAACUGGGAAGUAAUGAAAAGUCUUGGUCCCUGUCCUACUCCAGAAGUCGGAACCAGUUUUGCGCCCAGCACAACUUGCUUGUUUUUUCAUUCAUGGUUAACAGGACACCAGAGAAAAUAGGCUUGUUCUUAGAUGUGGAGAGUGGAAUUUUAGCCUUUUAUGAUGCCAACGUAAUCGAGUGCCUUUACACAUUUUACUGCAGCUUUAAGGAGCCUGUAUAUCCUGCCUUUUGUCCUAGAUUUCAUAUAGAUGUGGAGUAUGUUGCUGACAAAAUGCAAAUACAAAACGGCACCAUCAAGUAACACCACAAUUUGUUUCUGACAAUCAAAUAAGUAACACUGGCAUACAUUUUGAGAAAAUUUUGAUUUGGAGAAUCAUUACUUUGAAUCUGGAACAGAAGUACAGGUUUAAAAUAAAAAAUUGAAUUGAAUUAUGUAUUCCCAACAUUUUUGAGGUAUCCAUGAAAAUUGCAUUAUUUACUGUAGCCACACACCAAGAGCGAAGCUCACUUGUGGAAGAUGUCUUCCAGUACAAUAAAUAAUUAGCAACGCUUUUUCAGUAUAUCUGCACCUCCAACACUGAUAGGUAACUUUAAAAAAUACAUAUAUAAGUAAGCAUAUUAUGUUCUCAAGGUGUAUAUUGUGAUUUUUAUUUGUUUUUUUUAUUAUUAUUAUUUUCAGCUCUCUCCUUAAGAUGAUGCACAUAUGCACUAAAGUUCAGCCUGUUUGUUGUUUACUCUACAAUGUACUCUUUACACUUAUUUAUACUUCUGUUCAGUUAGGAAUUCUUUUCAUAAUUGUUACUGUGUACAUUUAUUUUAAGUAAAUGUUCAGAAUUUCUUGUUUUUCAUGUUAAAUGCAUAUACCAAAACACUGUGCAUUAAAUUGUAUUUCUUCCACCUUCA